AUGCCUCACUACCGAGACUUUGCGGACGAGUGGCCAGAAUAUGCAGAUGAGUGGUCGGAUGUUGACGAGUCCGUCAGGAAGAAACGCAAAAUAGAAGAGAAAUCUCGGCAUGAGAGAACUCCAGCUCCAAUGCCAGAGGAACCAAUUGCCGCAGGCGGAGACCGGUCUUCCACUACAGCCAGCGCAAAUGAACUCUCGGGCCUACCUACGUCCUCCUACAAAUCAUCGGUGACAAGUGACCCUACGUCACUCAAUGGCAUGUUACUAGAAGGAUUGAGUGAAUAUGCUGGAGGUGGGAAGCACAAACAAGAACGGAGAAGAGAUAACCCGCCCGAAUGGAUUGAAAUAUCAGACGAUGAGGACGAUGUUGCGGUCAAAGAAGAACCGACACAGUCCAAUAUAGAAGCCGAUCUCGACCACCAGCCGCUCGCGUCGGACACGUCCUACCCGGAUGCAUCUCUCAUGGCUCUUUACCCGAGUUCGGGUCGUCGGGGCCCAGGACGACCAGCUUUUUUUCCCUUUGAUCCUGCAGGACCUACUGUGUGCAUCGUUUGUCACCAGAGUUUCGCCCACAGAUGCUCCAUGCUGCGGCACUACAAAAAAGCCCAUCCCCGGCGACAUGGUUUGUGUACCACUUGUGGGUUGCAAUUUGAUCGUCGCAGUAGGUUGGAAAGCCACCUCCGAGUCUGUGGCCCGAUUACCGAACGGACCGAGUCCACGCUCGUCAUACCGGAACCCUAUGAGAAGAUGCCUCGGAUGUUGGAGGCACAAUGUCCAUGA